CACGGGUAGUCGACCAUCAGAAGCUAAAAGAGCGGUUGGGUACAGUCGUGCGAUCAAAAGAAGGGUGUGUCCCCUCUGUCUUCCUAAUGGUUAUUUCCUUCUCCUACAGCAUGCUUUCUGACCAUGUCACACAGAAAAAUGGUCAAUGUGAAUGCCGCCUUCCCAUUUAACCUCCACAAUCAGGCACUCGGUGAACCUCCGUCCCGUAGUGUCUCAGGCGGAACCUUGGAUAGCAGUCGGCGGGCCUCGCGAUCUCCCGCACGUGAUUCGUUACACACGAGGUAUUCGAGCACUUCGCUACACCGGGAUGCGGAACGUUCCGCUUCUCAGAGUAAUGAUGCAGUGGAAGGGAGAGGCGAUCCGUACAAGCCCAUAUUAAAUGUUAGGCUUGUAUCGACUGCUGUGAGCAAUGUUGCAAAUAGGGCAAUUAAUGGCAUCUCUCGAGGGCGACCAGGACGUGGGAUCGAACAUGGACGAGUGAUGGUUGUCAGUGCUGACCACAUUUCUCAUCCUGGCGAGGAUGACGAAGAACAUAACAAUGUGGCUGAAGAUAACGAUGCACUGACACCUCGUCCACAGACCCAUGCUCCUGAUGGGAAUGCAAGUAAUUCGUCUGAUAGCCCGUCUUGUGAUGUCAAUGUCAUACAUACCGAGGAUUUCACGAUUCGUGACGCUGGUGCUAUAUCGUGUUCCUGGGGAGACUGAAUGCUCCACAUCAUUUUUUUCUAAAAUCUGCAUGUUCAUGGCGGAACUUGGUCGUCCGUGUAAGGUAGCAUA